AUGCUUGUGCUGCUGCUGUUGGUGGUCUGCUCCGUGUUACCUGGAGUGAGGCUCUGUCUUCAGUGUGAGCGCUCUGUGAGGCUGAUGCAUGACGACUUCGUGCUGUCUGAACCUGAUAUACUCAAACAGAUCGAGCUCCAAAAGAUUGUGGACUACGCUUAUGUGACCUUCAGAGAGACAGCUCAGAGUCACAUGGGGGUCGUUGACUUCACGACUCUCUACAGAGCUAGAACAGAGUACCAGAGUGAAUUUGAACGCUUCUUGGAUAGUACCAGUGGAUCGACAAUUGAAGUAAUACAAAUGAUGGAAAAAGGCCGUCAGAUAUUAGAGAAGCACUUGGACUCAUUUAUACCUGAUGGAUUAUGCCCGAACAAGUGUGGACUGCUGAUUCGAAGGGUCAUGGACUGUACUUCCUGCCUUUACAGGACAUACACUUGUCCCUCUCCCACUGGACAACAGGACUGUGGAGAGUACGCUGUGGAUGCAGAGGAGGGAGAUCAGGCAGUGCUGGACUGUUUCCUCUCAUGGCAUCGGCUCCUGUUAGGAAAACCAGAGUACCACUAUUCAUGGACGCCAUAUGUGCCAACAAGUACCAAGUUGGAGAGGGAUGAUUUCAAAGUGCUGGUAGUGACUCAGGAUUCAUCUGUGGUCUUAAAUCAGCUGCAUGUUGAAGAGGGAGGAACGUAUCAGUGUUCACUACAGAACCAAAGUGGAACAGUGUUUUACAAAGUCAAGUUCUUACUAUCAGUUGCUGCUUUGCCAACAAAAGAUCAGAAGCCUGUGGUCACUCUCCCAUUUCUUCAGUAUGGACACGGACAGAAGUGGAGGGAGGCUCUGGUGCCAGUCAUAUCCAUUAUCAUUGCAUGUUGCAUAGCAGCAAGUUUAGGCCUUGUUGUUCUUCUUAGAGAGAUAUGGAAGAGACAAAAGGUCAAACCACUUCAAGAGGAAAAUCUAUUGCAGAACUUGUUGUAA